UCUGCGUUCCUGUGCGUUUGAAAACGAAUUGAGAAGACGGUUUUGUUGUCGGUGUUAAUUGAUUGUUGAUCAUGUCGCAGCAAAGUUCGGGGGCAUCGAAGAUAGAUGGUAAGAGCUCCGAAGCGUACAAGAUUCUCCAAAAUGAUCAAGUUGGAAGAUACAUGGUGGCGAAUAGAGAGCUACAGCCAGGCGAGGAAAUUGUCACAGAGAUGCCAUUUGUAGUCGGACCAAAGGCGUUCACUUACCCCUUGUGCCUUUCAUGUUACACACCCUGGCCGCCAACGGCGAACGAUAAACCGCUUUGUUCGAAAUGCGGAUGGCCGGUAUGCUCCGCGGAAUGCGAGAAUCAACCGCAGCACAAAGAUUAUGAAUGCCAGGUAUUCGCACAAGCGAAUGAAAAGUUCAAUGUGGAGGCGGCUUUGGAGGAAACCAAUGAAAAUGGAGUACCCCAAUUGGAAUGCAUAACACCGUUGAGGCUGCUGUUGGAAUCUGAAAAGAAUCCUGGAAGAUGGAAGAACGAAGUGAUGGGAAUGGAGGCCCACACUCAAAUAAGAAGCCGAAAAGAACAUUGGAAGUUGGAUCAGGUGAACGUCGUGGAUUACUUGAAGAAACAAAUCAAGCUCGACAGAUUUUCGGAAGAACAAAUCCAAACAGCGUGUGGAAUUCUGGAGAUAAAUACAUUUGAAAUUCGAACGGCGAACGGAUACAGCGCGAGGGGUAUUUACCCGACAGUCGCUAUGAUGAAUCAUUCUUGCGUUUCGAAUACAUGCCACAGUAUUUCACCGACAGAUUUCAGAAUACGAUUGCGUACCACGGUCAAGGUACCGCCUGGCGGUGAACUUUACGGAAGUUACACGCAUUCCCUGCUACCGACGAUGCUGAGGCGAGAUCAUCUUCUCGAGGGGAAACACUUUGCCUGCGCUUGCCCAAGAUGCGCGGAUCCCACCGAGCUCGGAACCCACAUGUCCUCGUUGAAAUGUAACAAAUGCGACAAUGGGAUCGUGUUGUCGUUAGAUUCGCUGGACCCCGAUAGCUCCUGGAAAUGUACACACUGCGAAUUCUCGACCAGUGGAUCCGCGGUCCGAAAAGUGUUACAGAUAAUUCAAGCGGACGUUAACACGGUGGAGGCAAUCAGCGGUGCUGAUGGAGCCGACGCAAUUCAAGCAAGGGAAACAGUCGUGAAAAAAUAUCACUCCGUUUUGCACCCCCGACACGCCUUCAACACUAUGUUAAGGCACUCGUUAACACAGAUGUACGGCCGUGUCGAUGAGUACCUUUUAGACGAUCUACCUGACAUCGUGUUGGAACACAAAAUUGACAUGUGCAGAAUGUUGCUUCAAGUAUUAAACGUUGUAGAGCCGGGUUGCUCGCGGAUCAGAGGAAUGACACUAUACGAACUCCACGCACCAUUACUUUUCGUCGCUAAAACGUUAUGGAACGCCGGGGUGAUCGACGAAGCCGCGCUAAAAUCGAAAAUGAUCGAAGCCGCCGAAAUAUUGAAGGAAUCGGCUGCCAUCUUGUGCUUAGAACCGCCGGACACGGCCGAGGGACAAAUAGGUCUCGUCGCGAAAGAAUCGUUGGUUCAACUCGAACAGUCAAUCAGCGAUUUAUGAGUACUUAUUACAAAUCAAUACUUAUAAGAAAUCAUGAUUUGUACAAUUGUACUUAUUUAUUAAUAAAUGUACAGGAUGA